AUGAUUAGACAUGGCCUCUUCGACGCCCCAUCGACACUGGACCCAUCCUCGGAGGUCCUAAAGGCCAUGCACGCACUAUACUGGCGUGGGGGUUUCCUUGGAACAUGCGUCGCGGUGUUGCCUCGUGUUUUGGUGACAGCGGGCCACCACUUCAACGCUGUGAAGGACGACGUGGGCGAUUUUGCAGUGCGACACCCAGAUAUGCCAGAAACCCACGUCGAACAUGCGUUGAAGAAUGGGGCCAAUGACAUCCUUGUCCUAUGGGUCGACACAGACAUGGACCAUAUCCCUUUGCGUGGUUUUCUCCCUCCACUGCAGGCACGUGUUGCCACGGUGUGGCUCUCGACAAAAUGGCCGCAUGAGACGAUCGUGUCGCCAGGAGUAGUGAUUGAAAGCACGCUGCUCAACUGUGUCGCACGCGGAACUGUCAGUACCAGCGGCUCCAGUGGGGCCCCUGUGAUAGACCACUUUGGGGAUCACGUUGUGGGCAUGCAUCUCACAUCUAAUACUCGCGAUGGCUCUCGAGUGUCUGGAUUUAUUCCGGCACGCAAAAUUGUGUCCAUACUUGCUGAAAUGGGUGUCAGCUGCCGUGCUGUCUGA